ACUGUCCACGUAGCGCCUUGGCUUGUGACGAGCGCAGUUUUUUGUACGUCAAACAAAACACAUAACGUUCAGCAGUCUCCAGUUAUACGCGACGUGAGUACCGUGUCAACAACCUGAAUCGUUCUUGGAUAUAUUGUCGAGGAACACUAAAAGGAAUCAGUAAUCUGGUCGACGUUUGUUGCAAUCUUCGAGUCAUUCUCUCUGCUAUUAACGGGAGCUAUUAACUAGUCUCGCACGAUAUGGAUCAAGUCAAGAAGCUCACGGAACCCGGACGUCAGUUCGCGAAAGACAGUAUCCGCCUCAUCAAGCGAUGCACAAAGCCUGACAGAAAAGAAUUCCAGAAAAUUGCCAUUGCCACGGCCAUUGGUUUUUGCAUAAUGGGCUUCAUAGGAUUCUUCGUCAAACUGAUCCAUAUUCCGAUCAACAACAUCAUCGUGGGUUCAUAAGUUUCCAUCGCGUAGCUGUAAUCGAUUCAUCUCCCCUGUUUCUCCCUUGUGCAUACCUUUAUUUAUAAGAUGAAUUUAUGUAUUUCGUUUCCAACUCAAUGUGAUUGAAAUAUGAGAAUGUGUGUGUAUAAUAUUAAUAUUGAAUUUUAUAAUAAAAUCAGUGUAUGACAUUGUUUCA